GUGACCGCGGCCUAGCGCCGGCCGCCAUGUCCUUUAAGCGCGACGAGAGCGACCCGGGGCCGCUCGGGGCGCUGCAGAGGCGCCGUGUGGCCGAGCUGCUGGCCAGCGCCAUCCCCGAGGACGAGGCGCUGCUGCUGCGCGAUGGCAGGCUGGCGUGCUCGCUGUGUCCCCACCGGCCCGUGUGUGACACUCUGGAGACGCUGCUGCUGCACAGGGCGGGCAGGAAACACCUGGACAGUCUGCACCGUUGCUAUUCCCGUCCCCGCUGUCCCCAGGUGUCCCCUCAGGGCCCUCAGGUGACCCCGCAGGAGGCCCCGGGUGUGGCCCCGGCUCUGCAGGCCCCCCUGCUGGCCCGGACGCGCCGGAUCGCCCGGAGCGCGCUCCUGAGCUCCGCCCCCUACAACAGCCGCUGCCGGAAACAGCCGACAAAGAGCAGCAGCUGCCGGGUUGGGAUGAUCCCAAAAAAUUCCCAGACGCCGCCGGAGCCGCUCCGGAAUCCCGGGAAUCCCGAAAAUCCCCACGCAGAGGGUGUUGCCAAGGGGAGGAAAGCGGGAAGGAAAGGGAAUUCCCGGAUUUCCGAGGGGCCGAAGGGGAAUUCCCGGAUUUCCGAGAGUCCGGAGCGGCUGCGGAUCCUGAGGCACCACCUGCACCUGCGCAGCCGGGGCUGGCUCCAGGAUCCCGCCGGGAAUUGGAUCAAGGACGACAACGCCGAGUUCGACUCCGACGAGGAGGAGCCGCCGCCGCUGCCCCCGGCCUGACGGCCCCAGGUGUCCCCAGGUGUCCCCAGGU